GCGCUCUCGCGCUCCCAUUUCCCUCCUAGCGCGCGCUCUCCAUCGCCCCUUCACCACCCGAGAGGCGGGCGAUGGCUGCGAGUGGGGACGCGGAGUCCGGAGGGCGGGUCCCGACGCAGGUGUUGGAUCCGCUAGGCCGAGCUCCGCGGGCCGGCCCGUCCCCUCGCCCCGGCAGCCACCCCCGCUGCCCGCCGCGUCGCCGCGCCUGGAGGGCGGGGCCGGCGCGCGCGAGGGUCCUCUGCACGCGGGCGGGCGGCGCGCGGCGCCUCGGUCUGGGGGAGCGCGGGGCGGUCUCCGCCGGCGUCGCGCGCGCUGUGUGUGAGCGGGGUCGCGCGCGCGCGCACUACAGACGAGUGAGGCAGUGAGGGAGCGAGGGAGCGAGGAGCGGCCGGGUGUGAGUGUGUGUGGGGGUGGGGGCGAGUGUGUGUGGGAGUGGGGGUGAGGGAGAGCCAGACAGACCGCGAGGCUGUGAGAAAGUGGGCGAGUGUGCGAGGGCGCCCGGCCUGGCUGCGGGAGCCGCGGUGGUGGAGGAGAAAGGAGGCGGCUCCCGGCAUCCCUCCCCCCUUCCCCCUCCUUCUCGGACUUCCAGCCCGCCCGGCAGCCCGCGGUUCCCUCGGAGGCCCCAGUCCGGUUCCGCUGGCCGAAAGCGAGGGAGGAGCCGCCCGGGCCAGGAAAAUUUUCAACUGUUGUCUUGCUCAUGAUACAAACUCUGAGAAGCAGCUCUCUAUUUGUGGAAGGAAGUGCUUUUUUGUGUUCUAGUAAACAAUCUGCUUGUUUAAAAAAAUUCUAUUUAAAAAAGAAUCUGCAUUCAGGAGGAAAUAAUCCAGAAGGAAGACCAAGCAGAUCAAGAUGUGUAGCUCUGUGGCAGCCAAGUUGUGGUUUUUGACAGAUCGUCGAAUCAGGGAAGACUAUCCCCAAAAAGAGAUUUUACGAGCAUUAAAGGCCAAAUGUUGUGAGGAGGAAUUGGACUUCAGGGCCGUGGUGAUGGAUGAGGUGGUACUGACAAUCGAGCAAGGAAACCUGGGUCUACGGAUCAAUGGAGAACUAAUUACUGCCUAUCCCCAAGUGGUGGUAGUGAGAGUACCAACCCCUUGGGUGCAAAGUGAUAGUGACAUCACUGUUUUGCGCCAUUUAGAGAAGAUGGGAUGCCGGUUGAUGAACCGACCUCAAGCCAUCCUGAACUGUGUUAAUAAGUUUUGGACUUUUCAAGAGUUGGCUGGCCAUGGUGUUCCUCUACCAGAUACUUUCUCUUACGGCGGUCAUGAAAAUUUUGCUAAAAUGAUUGAUGAAGCAGAAGUACUGGAGUUUCCAAUGGUAGUGAAGAAUACUCGAGGUCAUAGAGGCAAAGCGGUUUUCUUGGCUCGAGAUAAGCACCAUUUGGCUGAUCUAAGCCAUCUUAUUCGCCAUGAAGCUCCAUACCUGUUCCAGAAGUAUAUUAAGGAAUCUCAUGGACGGGAUGUGCGUGUCAUUGUUGUGGGAGGCCGUGUGGUUGGCACCAUGUUACGUUGUUCAACAGAUGGAAGGAUGCAGAGCAACUGCUCACUAGGUGGUGUGGGGAUGAUGUGCUCCUUGAGUGAACAAGGGAAGCAGCUAGCUAUCCAGGUGUCUAAUAUCCUGGGGAUGGAUGUGUGUGGCAUUGACCUAUUGAUGAAAGAUGACGGCUCCUUCUGUGUCUGCGAGGCCAAUGCAAAUGUAGGUUUCAUCGCCUUUGAUAAGGCUUGUAAUCUAGAUGUAGCUGGUAUCAUAGCGGACUAUGCCGCCUCCCUCCUGCCCUCUGGCCGGCUCACCCGGCGUAUGUCCCUGCUCUCCGUGGUGUCCACGGCCAGUGAGACUAGUGAGCCGGAGCUGGGUCCCCCAGCCAGCACUGCUGUCGACAACAUGAGCGCAAGUUCCAGCUCUGUUGACAGCGACCCUGAAAGCACGGAGCGAGAGCUACUCACCAAGCUCCCAGGGGGCCUAUUCAACAUGAACCAGCUGAUAGCCAAUGAAAUCAAACUCCUGGUGGAGUGACUCCACCGGUAAAUAAUUAACCAACAAAACCUUGUAAAACUCACUUUCUUUUUCUUCUUUUUUUUCUUUCUUUCUUUCUUUCUUUUUUUUUAAACCAACUUGCAAUGCUGUUCAUGGAAGGGUACUCAGGAAGAUGAGAGAAAAUUGAGUAGAAUUAGGAGAGAAGAAAGGGGAGAUAGACUCGACCUCUGCUAUUAAGAUGUUACUGACUUUCAUUUACAGAUACUACAGAUAGAAUGGCAGAAGAGGUGAGAUACAGAAAAAUGUCAGGCUCUUCUGUAACCCUUUAAAAUUACUCAAUGUGUAUGCUCUCAGGUCAUGAAGAACACACAACUUUUUCUUCAUGGCCCCUUGCUUUUGCUUUUGUACAGUUGCUACAAAUUUUGUUGUAGCGUUACUUCACAUCGCAUUGCAGAGAUUUGUAAUGAGAGGAAAACAUCUACCUAAAUUAUAGGAAUUUUUACAUACAAAUCUGAAAAUUCUGCCUUUACCAUAUUAACUAGCAACUUUAUGUUCAUAGUUUAUGAAGUCUUGAGGAACUCUUUUACUGGGAUUUAUUAUUUCUGUUUUUUGGUUUUCCUUUAAUUUGGGUGGGAGGGCAACAUUAGUAUGACCCAAUAAAUAAAGGUUUCUUAAUGACAGAAUUGGCAUUUUCGUAUGAUGAAAGGGAAGUGAACAGUAUUGCAAUGUCUGGUACACAAAAUGACAUUUACUCCAAUGUAGAUAAAAUUACACUAGUUUAAAAUAUGUGCAUUGACUUGUAUAUGUUAGUGUUUUAAUCUUUUUUGAAAGAUACAUGCUCUGUUAAUGUUGCAAUUUUUUUUUAAUACAUGCUAGUCUAACAUUCCCUGAUCUAUGCCUGCAUCUUUAACAAUGGCCAAAGUGAAGAAAGUGCUACCUUUUUGUUAACAAGACACUGACUUGAAACAUGUGCAUUUAAAGCCUUUUCCUUUUUCCUUUUUUCUUUUGGUGGUUGGGCAUUUAAAGUAUAAGGACAAGGGAAAAUAUUUUUGGGGGGCAAAUCAAGGGCCUAUAAGUUCUUAAGUAUAAAGCUGAAGUGAUUUUAUAAUACCAGCAUUAUAUAUUUGCAUUUUUCACAUUUUAGGAGGGAGUAUAUAUAUGUGUGUGUGUGCACGCAUGCAUGUGUAUGUGUUUUGCUUUUUGUUUACACCAACCAAUCAAAAAGGAUAGAUUCUAGAAAAUGGAGCAUGAUGGGGAAACACAGUUUUUACUUUAAAUAACAGAAAUAACUACACUGGGGUAGAGGUACUCACUAAAGACUUAAAGAGAAUAGAUGCUUCUAAGGCCUUUUAAUGUAUAUGUAUGUUGUUUGGUUUUUUUCUUUGGUUCUAGACUGUUCAGUGUAUGAUUUAUUUAAGGCUACAUGCUUUUCUAUGCUUCUGGCUGUGCAUUUUCUCCUAUUACACAUAGGUUUUAGGGUGGGGUGGACUGGACAUUUUUGUCUGGAGACUUAUUUUGCAGUAUUAAGUCUCUUACAGCCCAACUCUGAAGCCUUCAAUACUGUCCACUCUUUAUAUUCCUUUAUUUUCUGAAUUUAUAAAAGCCCCAAAAUGGCAUAUAACACGAGCCUUUAAAACAUGGGUAAAUCUAUUUGAAUAAUGGGUUUGGAAGGUGUGUUAAGAAAUGGAGAUGCUCCAGAACUCAACGUAAUUUUUUUAAACAGCAAGUUCCAUCUCACUACAAUCCUCUGAAGCUUUUACCUGAGUCCUUUCUUGCCUCUCCAGUGCUUUUUUUCCUUCAGAUGGACCUUAAACAUAAUUUCUCGGACACUACUAGAGAGACUUCAAGGCAAUAAUAAAAGAUCAGUAUUAACCAGCUCUAACAGAGGUUUGAUCAUGCUUGUACAGUUUUUUCCCCCAUUUUAAAAAGGAAUGUAAUAAAAUUUGUUCUUUUCCAUAGAAUUAAAUAAUAUUGAAAUUGAGUGAAAGGUUGAUUGUUGGCAAAUAGAAUAGUACUUCUGAUCUGUGCAGUGUCUCAUUUCAACUCAGAAAAAAGAUGAUAAUAAGAGGAUUUUCUAAUUUAUUUUAAGAUAUUCUAAUCUCAUAUAAAAGAAUUUGCAUAGGGUUAUUGUGGGCCUUACAUAUGUCUAUAAGUACCUCUGACUCAUUAACAGAAAGAAAUACUUGGUGGUACUUUCACUGAAUGACCAUAGGAGGAUGCAUAUUUGGGAUAGAGAAAUAAAUGAGGGAGAAAGAAGUGCUUAAUUAAGUUAUUCAUAUGAUUGUGUAGAGAGCAUCUGGUUGUCACAUAAAUUAUGAUACAUUAAAUACAUAUCACAUGUAUAUAGAUUUAUGAAUUUUAAAACAUAAAUAGAACACCCUCUCUACUUGAUGAAAAACUCAGGGUUUGUUGCUGGGUGGGAUAAGGUGUCAGGAAAAAUGUAGAUAGCCUUUAAAACUAUUUUACCAAACUAACCAAAUAUAAGAAUUAUGUGAGAUUAUUUCACUUUUAGUUUUAUUCACUACUGAUCAAUCUUUUUUGCAAUCACACUAUAUUAAAACAUAGCUUUACCAACCUAUUUCUGGAUUUAUACACUCACAUGUUAGAAUAAAGAGGUUAGGAAUGAUCAUCUUAGCGUUUAAAAACAUGAAUAUCUUCUUGAACUCCCUCAAAAAUUAAGGUAAAGAAUAUGAUCAAAUCAUUCUGGAAGAACCCAGAUGAAACACCCCAGAUAUAUAAGUGAAACUUAAAUAUAUUUUCAUAUUGUUUAAUAACUUUUGUAUAAUCUUCAUUGCUAUUAUGAGAGCUAAAAAUGUAUUUAUCAAAUAUGUGUAAUUCUUAUCAUGCCCAAAUCUGAACUAUUGUAAAAUUGUGUAUUGUUAAAAUUGUAAUUCUUAAUUGUAUUUUAAAAGUAAUUCUUUCUGAUAUUGUUUUUAUGUUACCUCUGAUGAAAACUGGACUACACAUACACACACACACACCGCCACACACACCCCCAUGAACUAUUCCAUUUAAAAUUUUUAAUAGUUUUUUCUUUUUUUUGGUGCCUAAUAAUUGAUUGGUCAUUUCUGCUGGCUUUUCCUUCACUGAACUUUGAAAUCUUUCUGUAUAUGCUAUCAAUAAGAAAAUAUGCUGGAACGUUAGAAAAAUCCACCAAGAGACUUGGCUUUCAUCAAGCACUUUAUCAGACUUUUGAGAAGGUAUCGAAGGCAUUGAAAGAAUUGACUUUAAAAAUCAUCUCUUUUUCUCAAGAAGAAAACAAUGGAAAAACAAAUUCUCUUCAUUCAGUGAAUCCCCAGUUUGGGGUCUGGGGAGUGUAGAGACAUUGUGAAAUCAAAUCUUGUGUUACAUUUUUCUCCUGGCUCACUCUUUUUGAGAAGGUUUAUGGGCUAUAUGGCUGGUGAGACACGAUCCCCUCCUAAGAAAAUGUAGGUGCUCAGACAGGUAACCUCUGCUGCUACUGUUUUUAUUUGUUUGUUUGUUUGUUUAAUUUCAUUUAAAAUUUGUUUUUGUUGUACUAGGAUAUUUUUAAAUGUAAUAUAUUGCAGGAUUUAUAACCAGGUUCACUGCUUGCUUUCUUUUUUUUUUUCUUAAAAAAAAAACAAAGUUUCAUUUAAGAUACAUUUAGGCGCCUUUGAAGCUUGGAUUUUGGAAUGUUUCAGUAGUGGACAGAAAUCUGCUGUUGGAAUCUUCUAGUCUUCCAGGUUUAAUUUGAAAUGUUUUUAGUUUUGUUUUGGAUUUUUGUGUGGUAUUUUAUUUCCUUUAUAUCAGUGCCCUUUUGCCAUGCUGUUUUGGGGUGGCUGCCUAACUCUAGUGAAAAUUCUUUCUAUAUUAACGGAAGUUUGGUGUUUUAAAUUCCUUAAUGUUUUGCAUUUUUUAAAACUGUUUUUAAAGAAAUAUUCUAACUGCUUGCACUGUUACUGUUCUUUGCCAGC